AUGUCUGAACGCAUCACCCCUUACGCCCACCUUCAUACCUCCCUUAACGGGCCUGGAGAUCAGAGACCGACAGCGCUCCAAAUCAUCGAAGAUGAAAACCUGAUUGGUAAAUGGACCGAUAAGGUCAUCUUCAUCACAGGCGCCAAUCAAGGCAUUGGUCUCGAGACUGCACGUGCACUACAUGCCACCGGUGCAACCCUCUACCUAGGCGUACGAACAGUGGCCAAAGGUGAAGCCGCACGCUCCUCCAUUCUGUCCACCUCGCCCAGCCGCAGCCCAAUCAACCUGAUCACGCUUUCUCUCGACUCCCUCGACUCCGUCCGCGCCGCAGCCGCGGACUUCCUCGCGCAGUCCAGCACGCUCAACGUCCUCGUCAACAACGCCGGCAUCAUGGCCAGCGCCCAUGCCCUCACCUCCGACGGCUACGAAAGCCAGUUCGCUACGAACCACCUCGGCCACUUCCUACUGACCUCGCUCCUCCUGCCCGCUCUCGCCGCGGGCUCGACGCCAGAAUUCGCUAGCCGAGUCGUCAACCUCUCGUCCGCCGGCCACAAGGCCCAUUCUGACGGCCAGAUCGACCUGUCCGACCUGUCGUGGGAGCGCCGCGGCUACAAUCCCUGGAAAGCGUACGGCGCGGCCAAGACGGCAAACGUCCUGCAUGCGAACCGUCUGGACGCCCUGUAUGGCACCGGCAGUCGUCCCGUUCACGGUUUCAGUGUCAAUCCGGGCGGCAUCUUCACCGGGCUAUUCAACAAUAUAAGCGAGGAGGAAAGGAAGGCGUACGAGAAGAUGCGCCAUAUUUUCAAGAGUCCCGAGCAGGGCGCUGCGACGACGGUGUGGUGCGCGACGGCGAAGGCAUUGGAGGGGAAGGGCGGGCUGUACUGCGAGGAUUGUGGAGAGGCGGCGCCGGCAGAGAUGGACGAGGAGACUGGUGUGUGGAAGAGGAGGGAUAUCACAUAUGCGCCAUGGGCCAAGGGAGACGUGGAGGCGGAGAAGCAGCUUUGGGAGGUCAGUGAGAGGAUGACCGGGUUGCGGGAGUGA